AUGACUAGAAACCCAUUUGAAAUAGUCUUUGCAGUCCCAAUGGAGUGUAAAUCAUGUGUAGACUCAGUAGCAAACGCCCUCAAACCAUUAGAAGGUAUAAAUAAAUUCGAUAUCAAUUUAAAUUCAAACUUAGUAACAACUGAAGGAUCAUUACCACCUAGUGAAAUAGUCAAAGCAAUCCAAUCAACAGGAAGAGAUGCAAUAAUAAGAGGAACCGGAAAACCAGACUCUGCUGGAGUUUGUAUUCUAGAAUCAUUUGAUCCAAAAGAUAUACAACAACCAGUAAAAGGAUUAGCUAGAAUUGUUCAAGUUUCUUCAAAAGAUGCAUUUAUAGAUUUAACAGUAAAUGGGUUACCGAAAGGUAUAUAUUAUCCAUCUAUCAGAAACUCGGGGAAUUUAUCAAGAGGUGCAUUAUCGACUGGUUCAUUAUUUUAUAAAUUAGACUCCAUUGAUGUAAAUAUUCCAUCGAAUUCAUCAACAGCAAUAAACUCAAUUGGUGCAGCUACGACAACUAAAGAGGAAUCGUAUUCUGGUCAAUCAUUUUUAUACGCUCAUUUAAACGUUAGUGAAUUGAUAGGAAGAUCUAUAAUCUUGUCAAAAUUUCAAGAUGAAAUAAGUCCUGAUAGUUUAUGUGGCGUUAUUGCUAGAUCUGCAGGUGCUUGGGAGAAUGAUAAACAAAUUUGUUCAUGUAGUGGUAAGACUGUUUGGCAAGAAAGAAAUGAUGCUAAAGGUAAAGGGUUAGCUGUAUAG